CAUUUCAAACACCAAGCCCUCCUCCUUCAGGACCGUUUCUCCCUCUCUCUCUCUCUCUCUCUCUCUCUCUCUCUCUCUCAAUCUGUAGUUUUUGGAUCUCCGAAUUGGAGGAAAGCGCCUGCAGAUCCACUUGUCUUGGUUCGGAUCUGCAAAUGCGCUUUGAUUCCGUUCAAUCGCAGCCCACUUUCGCUGGCCUACAUUAGAUUUAGAUUCCAUAGCUCGAAGCUCAGUUCGACUGGUAAAUUAUGAGACGGUAGUUCCUGCAACAUCUUACAGAAAUUGAUGAUGAUUUUGGUAAGAGAUCCCAGAGCAGAUUGCCGUCAAGUAGGAAUUGGGCUAUGCAGAUUUGCCUGUCUCUCAAGAAACAAUGGAAAGUGAUAGGACAAACACAACUACUCCAGAUGGGGUCAGCAACUGUCUUCAGAAAAAGCGACCUUUGCAUGGGAGGACAAGUGGCCCAGCAAGGCGCUCAACCAAGGGUCAGUGGACAGCAGAAGAGGAUGAAAUUUUGCGCAAGGCUGUUCAACGUUUUAAAGGAAAAAACUGGAAAAAAAUAGCGGAGUGUUUCAAGGACCGAACAGAUGUACAGUGCUUGCACAGGUGGCAGAAAGUUUUGAAUCCAGAACUCAUUAAAGGUCCUUGGUGUAAAGAGGAGGAUGGAACAAUAAUUGAAUUGGUGAAUAAGUAUGGACCAAGAAAGUGGUCUACCAUCGCACAACAUUUACCUGGACGUAUUGGAAAGCAAUGUCGGGAAAGGUGGCAUAAUCAUCUUAAUCCCAAUAUCAACAAGGAGGCUUGGACACAAGAAGAGGAAUUGAUCUUGAUUCACGCUCAUCAAAUUUAUGGGAACAAAUGGGCAGAGUUGACAAAAUUCUUGCCAGGAAGGACAGACAAUGCCAUAAAAAAUCAUUGGAACAGUUCUGUGAAAAAGAAAUUAGACUCAUACUUGGCAUCAGGCUUACUUGCACAGUUCCAAGGUCUGCCUCAUGUUGUCCAUCCUAGCCAACCAAUGCCCUCAUCUUCUUCAACAAUGCAACAGAGCAGUGGAGACGACAGUGUUCCUAAAGAUGGGAUAGAAGCUGAGGAAAUUUCAGAAUGUAGUCAAGGCUCAAUGAUAAUCAGUUGUUCUGAAUCAAAAACUGAUAUGCCUGAUGCAGUAGCAAAUGCAAGAGAAGAAUGCAGGAUGACUGAAGAAUCUAGUCAGGGAAAGGAGCCAAGCUUCAUCCCCUCAUGUCCUGAAAAUUAUCAGAUGGCUUUUCAAGAAGUAGCGGUUUCCAUGCAAGAAGUACCUUGUGAAUUGGGUGGUUCUUCCCUAGUCCUUCAACACAAUUACACUCAUGACGAGGGAAAAGAUGCAGGUCAAGGUUGGAAGAUGAACUCAAGUGAGAUGCCUAACAUAUCUUCACCAGAUAUGAGGCAGCUAGCAUCAGAACUUUUUGGGAAUUGCAUAAGUGGUAAUGAAAACCAUGAAGCAAUACCUUUCACAUUACAAGCUUCUGUGGGUUUUGAUGCUUCUUCUUCCUUGGGAAUCAUGGUGUCAGUAACUGAUAAACUGGAGAACACAUUGAUAUUCCAAGAUGAAUGUUGCAGGGUGAUACACCCGUAUGCAGUGAUGGAUGGGAACUUUUUCUCUGAGAAUCUUAUAAAAUACCCAGAUGAUGCUAAUUGUAAUGGAUCCACAGAAUCAGUUAUUUGCAAACAGCCAGACCAUCAUAUCCCUCCUGAUCCCCUGAGGACUGAGAUCUCAGAAACUUCAUGGUCUCAACCUUUUUCUGUUCUUUCACAUCUUCCUACCGAUGAGGAUGCACUUCUCUUUGGUAAUGAUCCAAAUCAGUUUGGUGAUCUCUCUCAUGGGAGCCAAGAAGAGGAGCUUGCAAAGAGUUCACAUGAUGGUUUUAUCUAUACCACCGACUCUGUUGAAACUCCUGCUAAUGACAGGGGUAACAUGGGUCUGCAAGAUGAACCAGUUCAGGUGAAAGAUACUGUGAAACUGGUCCCAGUAGACGUCUUCAGUUGUAGACCAUCAAACAACCUCCAAACUUGUUCUUCAAUGAAUGAAAAUCCAACCACGCCAACUGAACAGCAGGAUACAGGAGCUUUAUUCUAUGAGCCUCCUCGUUUUACAAGCUUGGAUCUUCCUUUCUUCAGUUGUGAUCUCCUACAAUCUGGCAAUGAUAUGGAGCAAGAGUAUAGUCCUCUUGGUAUCAGGAAACUGAUGGCAUCUAUGAGUUCUUUCACUCCAUUUAGAUUAUGGGAUUCACCAUCCUGGGAUGACAGUCCUGAUGCUUUGCUGAAGAGUGCUGCAAAAAGAUUUGCAUGCACACCAUCCAUACUGAAGAAACGAAACCGUGAUUUUCUGUCACCUAUGUCAGAAAAGAGAAGUGAGAAAAAGCUUGAAAGUGACAUGAAUCAAGAGUCCUUCUCCAGCUUGGCAAGAGAUUUCUCACGUUUAGAGGUUAUGUUUUCUGAGAAUGGCAAUCAGAAAGAAUCCAUGCCAUCUCCAUCAUCCAACCAGAAAAUCAGGUCGAGAAGCUCUACCUUUAAUAAAGAAAAUAUGAAUCAUGGUCUGGAAAAGGAAAGCAAACAGAACAUUUUGGAGAACACAGAGUCUGAUAAUAAUAAUAAUUCCCAGGACAAGAUAAAGCAGUGGACUACUAAUCUUGAUGCUAAACCUAAGGGUGAUUGUGAUGCCGCAAACCGAGAUGUGCAACAAUCUUCAAUAGUCCUGUUUGACAAUAACAUGAAUGAUCUGCUAUUAUUCUCUCCUGAUCGCGUUGGGAUGAAGUCAAACAUUACCCCUGGGCCAGGUAAUAGAGCAAUUAGAAGCAAGUGUUCUAGAAGGUUCGAAGCUACAUCAACUGAGUGUGCAGAUUCAGAAUUGUCGCCUGGGAAUUUGUGUUCAUCCAUUGUUAGCUCUCCGACUGUAUCCGGAAAGAAGGAAAAAAGUAGGUUAAUCACAGCUAUAUCUGCACAAUCUGCUCCUUCAUCAAAUACUAUGGAGACGAUGGCGGCAAGUUCUGGGAAUGAUACUGGUGUUGAAAAUUUGAGCAUAUUUGGUGAAACUCCUUUCAAAAGGAGUAUGGAGUCCCCUUCAGCAUGGAAGUCUCCUUGGUUCAUUAACUCUUUUGCGCCAAGCCCAAGAGUUGAUACUGACAUAACAAUUGAGGAUAUUGGUUUCUUUAUGAGCCCUGGGGAUAGAAGUUAUGAUGCUAUUGGGCUAAUGAAACAGUUAAGCGAGCAUACUGCAGCUACAUAUGCUGAUGCCCAAGAGGUUUUGGGUGAUGAAACACCUGAAACAAUUUUCAAGUCAAGGCUCUCCAGGAAUCAGAAACAUGAUCAGGAGAAGUGUGCCCUACAAAGUCAGCCAGAAAACUGUUCCUUUUUGGCUUCAAAUGUCUUGACCGAACCGCGGGUACUUGAUUUCAGUGAAUGUGAGACACCAGGGAAAGCAAAAGAAAGUGGCAAAUUUUCAAGUUCAAUUAGUUUCUCUAGUCCUUCCUCCUAUCUAUUGAAGGGGUGCAGGUAGCAGGUUGUUGUGGCUGUUCCUCAUAUUGUAUCAUCCCAAAGUUCAUAUAUAUAUAUAUAUACAUGUUUUGUGUUUUCCUUCUCUUUUUCUUUAUCCAAUUGUUAUGAUAUUCAGAUUUUGAUUCAUAUAAUUGAUUCAAGAUUGUUCGAUUGCA